AUGAGGAGCUGGCCAGAGACCUGGUCAACAAGCUCAAGCCCUAUAUCAGGUACGUGGUCGACAGCCCUUUUCUCAAAUUUAUAUUUUACAUUUUAGUCAUUUAGCAGACACUCUUAUCCAGAGCGACUUACAGUUAUUGAGUGCAUACAUUAUUUUUAUUUUAUUUUAUUUUUCAUACUGGCCCCCCGUGGAAAUCAUCUACAGGGCUCCACAUUAACGUUCUCUUGUCCAGGACAAGUUUUUUUUUUUUUUAUGUUGGACAAGAAGAAUAUUGAUUUAAGUUGUCCGAAUGGACAAGUUACAAAAAUCAUCCAAGAUUCACAAAUUCAAACAAUUACUCAGAUCAGAGGCCAACAUUGGAAUAAUAUUAAAAUCUAUUUUUCAUGUACAUAAAUAAAUAAGCCUACAUGUCAAAAUGUAGGUGAUAUGCAUAUUGUCUCAUGUCCAACCCAUGAGGGAGUAGCCAGAAAAUGUAGCAAACUUGAAUGAGACUUUUAAAUAGAUAAAUAUAUGUUAAACACCAGUCAUGUUUGACAAAUAUAAUGAAGGAUAAUUAACAUGAACGUCUACAGGCUUGAUUCUGUCGACAUACUUGAGGCCCGGUUUGUUGAGAUCAAGACCGGAUCAAUGGCCCGUUACACACUGCACAUCACCCACCUUGCAAUCUGAGCAGAGGCGGUCAGCAUUUUGAAACUAUUUUCGGCAGGUAGCUUAGUGGUUAAGAGCGUUGUGCCAGUAACCGAAAGGUCGCUGGUUCUAAUCCCCGAGCCGAUUAGGUGAAAUUCUGUCCAUGUGCCCUUGAGCAAGGCACUUAACCCUAAUUGCUCCUGUAAGUCGCUCUGGAUAAGAGCGUCUGCUAAAUGACCAAUUUAUUUAUUAUUUAUUUAUCUUCAUUGUUUUAAAACCUGGAUGUUUUAUUGUCAUUUUAUGAAGCAUGUCUUGGCCUCGUUUCAAAGUAGCAAAAAUACGACCACAGAAAUGUUUAGGGAUUAAAAACAUUAAAACCAGCAUUUCAAAUCAACGUUAAUUUUAUUGUCCAGCAGCCAAAGACAUAAAUCCUAUUAGUAAUACUACUAAUAAUAAGUAAUAUUAUUACUAUGCGAGUUGAUUGCAUCUUUAGAUCUUCCCUCUUUCUUAAUUUCUAACGGAUAUUUUCAUCUAUGUCACAUGAACGGUGUUUUCCCACUAAUUGCAUGUUGGAACAUUUGCACAUGGCCUACUACAGCCAUGUUAACCUUUUUUAUAAUAUGAAGUAAUAAAACUUCAUCAACAUUUUUAGCUAAACGUUCUGAUCUGUUGCUUCAGCCUCAUUGCUUUAAAAAAAUAAAAAAAUAAUUGGAUCUGUUGUCCCAGAAUUUGUUUUUGAACCGUAGACACGUUUUUUAUCACCAGGGACGACGGGACGCCCUUCAUUUUGAGCCCUGGAGGGAAUUAUUUUAUAAAGACAUGAAAAGUAUUUGGUUGUAAUUGUAAAAUUGCAUUAUUUUAUAGGCUACCAAGGGUGGCCAACCAUCCUCCGGGAGAGCCUUAAAGGGGCAGUGUUGACUUUUGAGGCAGGCUUGACUAUGCAGAGAAGCCAAUAGACAGUCUGAUUCUCUAUGGUAAAAAGAUAGUCAUGUAUUUUAAUUUGUAAAGUGGUUCCUUGCAUCAUACAAAUGACUUGAGCUUUUGGACAAGUAAAAAAUCUGUCAUACUUGUCCAAAGGACAAGUGGCUACAAAAGUUAAUGUCAAGCGCUGAUUUAAUAUGAAGCUGAUUGAAGAAAUCAAACAUUUUGUGUAUUUUUCUUUGUUUUUAUUUUUUCAGUUUUCUCAAUCAAUGUCGCCCCCUGUCGGCGAGCAUUGGCAACGCAAUCAAGUACAUCAAGAAAGAAAUCUCCAAUAUUCCUAGUCGGUGCAAAGAAGAGGAGGUGAGUUUCAGAAUACAGUUUCAGUUCUGUGUGUUAAAAGGCCAGUUUCAGGUUCUGGUCACAUUUUAACUCAUCAUAGGUAGUUCUGGCAGCCAAGGCCGUCUCUCUAAAUACGCCAUAGAGAAGAUCAGUGACGGAGACGUCAUUCUGGAUUAUGGGUGGUAAGAUCUAACGUCUGUCAAUAUCCUUACGUUUUAAAUGACAGAACGUGGGAGUGGAUCGGUGGCCAAACUACCACCCGGCCACUCUGCAUGCAAGGCCAGUGAAGCUAUGCCUCUAACCAUAUUGCUUAAAUCGAUUCCUAUCCUCUCAGAGGAGUGCCUAGGGGGUAUGGGUCAGGGGGUCGGUUUACAAUCCAGUAGUGAUCGUAUAGCGAUCAAGCACUUCUCCCCCUCUGUUGCAGAUCUAAGACCAGACUAGGGGUCAGUAAGGAAGGCAUCAGUUACUGAGGUCUCAUGUCCCUUCUCCCCCUCUGUAGCUCGUCCCUGGUGAACCACAUCCUUUGCGAGGCAUUUGAUAAGAGCAGGUAGUUCCGUGUGAUCAUUGUGGACAGCCGGUCCUCGUCUGGAGGGAAGGGAGGCUCUGAGACGCCUCGUACAGAGAGGCAUCAGCUGCACCUACGUCCUCAUCUCUGCCCUCUCAUACAUACUACCUGAGGUAACCUAGUCCUCAUCUCUGCCCUCUCACAUACAUACUACCUGAGGUAACCUAGUCCUCAUCUCUGCCCUCUCAUACAUACUACCUGAGGUAACCUAGUCCUCAUCUCUGCCCUCUCAUACAUACUACCUGAGGUAACCUAGUCCUCAUCUCUGCCCUCUCAUACAUACUACCUGAGGUAACCUAGUCCUCAUCUCUGCCCUCUCAUACAUACUACCUGAGGUAACCUAGUCCUCAUCUCUGCCCUCUCACAUACAUACUACCUGAGGUAACCUAGUCCUCAUCUCUGCCCUCUCAUACAUACUACCUGAGGUAACCUAGUCCUCAUCUCUGCCCUCUCAUACAUACUACCUGAGGUAACCUAGUCCUCAUCUCUGCCCUCUCAUACAUACUACCUGAGGUAACCUAGUCCUCAUCUCUGCCCUCUCAUACAUACUACCUGAGGUGAUUACAAAACAGAUGACCGCCCCUUGGGGGACUGGAGGUGUCAUUGCACUGUGGAAUUUAGAAUGUAGGCUUUUGGUGUUUUAGGCAUUUGUUGAAUUAUCACAAAUGUUGUUGACCUCUUGUAGAAAAUCCAAACAGUGAUUUAUUUUCUUCUAAUGCUUCUCAGUUUAACCCUCUUUCUUCCCUGUCCUUUUUGUAACAAAUCUCCACAUAGGUGAUAUUUCUCUUUUGUGGGUUUAUAAAUGGUCAAAUGUAUUUAACGUCUAAAUGUAAUCAUUAAACUCCCCCUCUCCCCAGGUAUCUAAGGUGUUCCUGGGUGCCCAUGCCCUGCUGGCUAAUGGCUACGUGAUGUCUCAGAUAGCUCUGGUGGCCAGGACCUUCAACGUGCCAGUCCUGGUCUGCUGUGAGUGCAAACUGACUCCUUUGUCUCAAACGAGCUUGGUAAUGUGGGAGUUAUUUGGCCUCCUUGACUUUACGAUGACAUGUAAAGACCUGCAGUAUGGAGUUACCUUUCUAGAGAUAAUGGAGUAAUCUAGUGUUUGUAAAACAAGCCCAAAAAACAUUUUAGUUGCUGAGUUUGAGUAAUUUCUAUUCUGCUUCUAGUCAACACAGAUAGGAAUUUGCAAAUGUAAUUUUAACUUUGAGACAAAAUUAUCCACAUUUUAAAUUCACAUUUUAAAUUCUAUUCUAUUCCUAAACUGACUAGAAUUGAAACAGCAUUGACACAAACUGUAAUAAGCAUUAGCAGUAAGACUUUCGCUAACCCCUCGCCUUCGACCAAUCACUUUCUUUCCUCAGAUGACCCUGAUGACCUGAUGGUGACCCGGAAGGGGAAGCCCCUGCUGGAGAACUGGCAGGACGUCAGCUCCCUGGGGCUGUUGAAUCUGGUCUAUGACGUGACGCCACCAGAUUUUGUUGACCUGGUCAUCACAGACCUGGGCAUGAUCCCCUGCACCUCCGUUCCUGUUGUACUCAGGGUCAAAAACCUUGAGAGGGCGGGGGUGGGGGAUGACGUGGGCGUCUGA